AUGGACAAUAAAUCUGCCACCAAAGCUGAAGCAGCGCCUUCUGUGAUUGAAGCCACGAUGCCUCUGAAGAAACGUAAGAAAGACAUAAAGACUGAGAAGAAAAUAUCUGAUGCGAUGGAGAUAAUGGAAGGAUUUGAUGUUCGUCUUCAUCAGAUCGAAGAAAAGAUGGAUCCGUUGAUCUCAUUGAUUAGGUCAAAUAAUGAAGUUAAAAUUGGCUCGGUAAAGGCUGAAGCAGAAUUCAUGCCUAUGGAUGGAUCAUCUUUAGAUGAGGAACCUGCUCAGCCGCUAUCUGAUGAUAGCCGUUUUGGUCGUUUUGUCCGUGGUCGUGGUCCUUUUGUUGGUCCUUAUGUCCGUGGUUCUUUUGUCCGUGGUCGUAGUCCUGUUUUCCGUGGUCGUGGUCUUUUUGUCGGUGGUCGUUAUGCCGGUGGUCGUUGUGGCGGUCUAGGCCAUUGUGGCGGCUGCUGA